AUGCAGAAGGUGAUGAAGAUGAAAUGUAAGGAGAAAGGAGUGUAUCAGGUUUUGCAACAGGUGGAGGACAAUGGAGAAGGCUGUGUGAAGGAGUUUUGGAAUUGUGUAUUCCAGGAGCACAUGCUGCACAAAUAUCCUUUUCUGCAUGUACUUCAAAACAAACUGUGUGCAAAUGUGGAAUCCAGUCCAGAGGGGAUAGAAUCCAGUGAUGAGCAGCAGAAAGACAGCAAAAUGAGGACAGUGUACAAGACUGGUUACCAGUCAGCUGUGGUUCUGUCAGUGGAAAGAGCGUCCACUAAGAGCAUCCUUGUUGAGGAGCGCUGGUUCACUCCUGAGGAGUUUGUGAAGCAGGGGAUAACUCGGACAGAUGGACACUGGGAGAGAGAUAUACUGUGUCAUGGCAAACCCCUUAAACACCUGGUGCAGAAAAAGAUUUUGGAUGUCCAUCCACAAGGGUGUCGCUGUCAACUCUGUCAUCGGAAGAAAACGCAUCAGGAGAAAGAUGAUGAUGUGUGUAAUAUUUGUAAUCGUGGACAAAACCUAGUGAAUUGUACAGAGUGCAGUCUCGCUUUCCACCAUCACUGCCAUUUACCAGCACUUCAGGACAAGAAACCUGUGUCCAAUUGGAAGUGUACUUUCUGCCUGGUCAAGAAUUACCUGGAUUUUUGGAUAAGCAUGGCUUUGAACGUUGCUUUGAAAAGUCCUGUUUCUGGAAACUUGCGCUGUGAGUAUUUGCUGCUGCAUUUGUAUAAAGACACACAGCUUAUGCUUACAGAGCGUAAUGUCACCAAGCUGGACCAAGUGAAGAACAAGCUGCAAAAUAAUGAGUAUAAAACAGUGAAAGAGUUUGUGCAAGAUAUCAACCACAUCUACAAAUCUUCAAACAGGGGUAACGUGCCUGUCGAGGGGGAAGACAAAGUGCACAAAAACUUUCAUCGAAAUUUCAUCAGUGUCUUUAAAAUCCAGUAGCAUUGUUUCUCAAUGCUAAACCUGAAUCUGAUUUGUCUAAUCAAAAGCUAAAUAUCGAGAUGAAAUUUUAGGUGGAUUAUAGAAUCUUGUUAUUACCCUUUAGAGCGGUAAUGAGAGUGUGAGUGGUGGUGAUGGUUUUCAGAAUAGAUGUGUUUUUGCUCUAAAAUGUAACCUUGUGUGUUUUUUAUCUGUUUCAUCUGUUGCUCUGGAUUUGUUCUAUAAUGUCUACAUAGCUUAAUGGCACAAAGUGAUACAUUAUUUGAUCAGUGCAUAUAAAUAUUCAAAAAUCAAGUGUGAAUAAUUACACUAUAUGCAAAAAUGGCGCACUAUGUACUACUCACAAUGAUAAAAUAUUAUGUUUUGCUCAUUAGAUUAGAAAUAGAUUUUUAGGUUACUGGUCACUACUGCAAAUCUGGGCUUUAUGUCUGUAAAUGCAUGAAGUUGAACAUAAUAACUGUGUUCAUAACAGCGACGCACAAUGCCACGAAUGUCGAUAAAGACGAUAAUAACUUGCUCUCCAUGAUGAAAUCACAGACGUGGUAACGCACGUGGUCAGAAUAGCACCAGUUGCAACAGCUCCAAAUGUACACAGAACGAUGUCUAUUGGCACACUGAUUUAUGAAGGUCGGCGCUCCCUGUGACUGUGCGUGCAGCCUUGUGCUGCCAUCUGCUGGUGUGUUACAAAACUACAAAAACUCAGUCUUUUGUUUGUGUUAAACUCCUGAAAAUGUAAUACAGCAGUGGGAUAUUUGAUAAUUUGUUUCAUUCUGAUUAUGAUGAAUGAUCAUUACCAAUUAUAUUUUGCACCUUUGUUGAAGACGUGGUUAAGACUCAACGCUCCGCAUAUGCUGCCUUCUGAGUGACUUUUUCGCACUGCUCGCCUUUUUUCAGUCCAAAAAGCUAAAUUUAUAAAACCUUGAGUCAUUUGAUCCUUUUUAAAAAAUGUGCUUUACUACUACUUUGCCUUUGUUUGUUUUAAAAUUUGUACAAUUUGAGUUGUAUUUUACCAAAUAAAAGCUCACAA